AAAGAGAAAAGAAGGUACCAUUGCAACGAAUGCAGCUGUCAGCAAGCCAAAGGAACUAUCAUCGCUUCUUCCUUCCUUCAUCCUCCAAAUUAGGGUUCUUCAGUGUUCCCACUUUCCCUCUUCCAGCUUCAAUCUUCACUCUACCCAACCACAAUUUCACAAUCCCUCUUGAGCUCCCCAAAUCCCCAUACUCUCCGGCAAAAAAGAAGUGUCAUAUGGGUGACUUGAUAUCGAAUGGCGUUUGUUCCCUGACAUAGUCAUGAUUCUAUGCAAUUGUGUAAAAUCACGUUCAGGUCAACGCUUAGAUAUAGACUAAAUGGGGAGUAAAGGUCGAAUGCCGCCUCCUCCCCAUAUGAGGCGGCCACUUCCCCCGGGGCAUGGCUUGUUACACCCGGAGCAGGUGCCUCCUGUGAUGCAUCCGCAUCCUGGCCCGUUUUCUCCUUUCGAUAUGUUGCCACCCCCGCAAGUGAUGGAGCAGAAGCUUGCUACACAGCAUGUGGAGAUGCAGAGAUUGGCUACUGAGAAUCAGAGGCUCGCCGCAACACAUGGGACUUUGAGGCAGGAGCUUGCUGCAGCACAGCACGAGCUGCAAAUGUUGCACUUGCAGAUUGGCACCGUGAAGGCAGAGAGGGAGCAGCAGAUACGGGGCAUGUUGGAAAAGAUUGGCAAGAUGGAAGCUGAGCUGCAAACAGCGGAGCCUAUUAAGCAUGAACUGCAGCAGGCACGAGCGGAGGCCCAGAGCUUGGUUGUGUCCAGGGAGGAGCUUAUUGGUAAAGCACAGCAAUUGAAUCAGGAGCUUCAAAGGGUCCACGCGGAUGUGCAGCAGAUUCCUGCCUUGAUCACAGAGCUGGAGCAUCUCAGACAAGAAUAUCAGCAUUGCAGGGCGACCUUUGACUAUGAAAAGAAAUUAUACAAUGAUCACCUCGAAUCACUUCAGGUCAUGGAAAAGAACUAUGUUUCCAUGACUAGGGAAGUGGAAAAACUCCGAGCAGAGCUUACAAAUACUGCUAAUGUUGAUCGAAGAAGCAGUGGGCCAUAUGGUGGCACCUCUGGAACUAAUGAGAGUGAGCCUUCUACUUUUCCUGUGGGACAAAAUGCAUACGAAGAUGGUUAUGCUGUUAUGCAGGGACGUGGUCCUAUCCCUGGGGCUGGUGGUGCUGUUGCCGCCGCUGCUGCUGCUACUGCUGGUGCUCAACCGGGUCCAGUUUCUGCAGGGGCUGUUUAUGAUGCUUCCAGAGGAGGACCUGGCUACAACACAUCUUCAGGGCCAACUUAUGAUCCGCAGAGAUUGACUGGAUAUGAUGCAUUUAGAGGAACCACUUAUGAUUCAAAGAGAGGACAGGUUUUUGAUCCCCAAAGAACUGGUUACGAUCCGCAGAGAGCACUUGCUUAUGAUCCAUCGAGGACAGCCGGCUAUGAUGCACAGUCAAGGGGUGUUGCUGGCCCACAUGGACAUGCUCCAGCAGCAAACAAUAUGCCUUACGGAUCUGCAACACCACCCACUCGAGGUGGAGCUGGAUACGAGGCACAGCCUCGCGGGGUAAACCCUGCUGUUAGGCGAUGACCUUGAGAUGCCACAUGCCUCUCGUAACGAGAUGUUGCCCCGUUAUGCAUGGUUGGAAGAUUUAUGAGCAACUUUGGGGGAAAAUCGAUGAAUAUUGUCUAGUGUUUCCUGAGUUGUAUGCCUCAUCUUUCUUAUGUAUAAUGUGCAAUCUACCAAAGAAUGAAAAAAUGCAGGUC